UGAUCCACUGUGCACUGCCGUUUUCCUCUAGUAGUUGGAUUGGACUACCACAUUGUACCUCGAACAAAACCAGCAAAGUAAACAUGGUAUUCGGUGGUCACUCAACUUUAAUGUAGCCGCGCGAUGAACAACUACGAGCUGCUGCGGCAGAUCGGCCAGGGCGCGUUCGGGAAGGCUCUCCUGGCGAGGGCGCGAGGCGACGGCGGCGGUGUGUGUGUGGUGAAGGAGGUCAACCUGCGGAAGAUGUCUGCGCGGGAGAGAGAGGCCUCACAGAAGGAGGUUGUGCUGCUCUCUCACAUGAAACACCCCAACAUCGUCAGCUUCAUCACCGCCUUCCAGGAGAGUGUGUGUCUGUAUAUAGUAAUGGAGUAUUGUGACGGGGGAGAUCUGAUGAAGAGGAUUCAUAUGCAGAAAGGACAGCCUUUCACAGAGGAACAGAUCAUGGGCUGGUUUGUGCAGAUCUGUUUGGGACUGAAGCACAUCCACGACAGAAAGGUCCUGCAUAGGGACAUUAAAGCACAGAAUAUCUUCUUGGCACAUGGGGGCCUUCGAGUUAAGUUAGGGGAUUUUGGGAUCGCCAAAAGACUGAACAGGGACAUCUGGUCUCUAGGCUGUGUCCUAUAUGAACUCUGCACUUUAAAACAUCCGUUUGAAGCCUGCAGUCUCAGGCAAUUAGUGGCGUCCAUCUGUAGGGGGCGCUAUGCUCCUGUUCCCGCCCACUUCUCCACGGGUCUUCGACAGCUGAUUGGUCAGCUCUUUAAGGUCCGGCCCAGAGAGCGCCCAUCAAUCAACUCACUGCUCAAGCUACCAGUUCUGGAGUCUCGUAUUAAACAACACUUACCUACGGAGGUACUUGAGGAAGAGUUCAGUCACACAGUUCUUCACAAUCAGAGACCAGCAGAGUCCAACAGAUGCCCUCAGAACCAUGGAGCCCAGCCCAGAGCUCCAGAGAGGCCUCAGGUGAAGCCUCCAAGACCGGAGAGGAGAGAAGCGUUCCCCAACCCCAGAGAUGCCCCCAGGAUGUCUCUAAAUGUGUACUGA